AUGCGUCGUCUGGACCUAUUGGGCGUAAGCAAAAUGGAGUGGUCUAGGGUGUCCGGUCUGAUCAUCUCUGUCUUCUUCUCCUCAGGUCUGAUCAUCUCUGUCUUCUUCUCCUCAGUGAUCAUCUCUCUCCAGCUGCUGCGAGGAGUGGAACAGAUAAGGAGAGGGAACCCAAUGAUCUUCAAUAGAGCGUGGCCUUGACACGCAAGCUGGGUUUUCCCCGAUGUCAUCAUGCCAGGUGACAUCCGUAACGACCUGUACCUCACCUUGGAGAGAGGGGACUUUGAGAGGGGAGGAAAGAGUGUCCAGAAGAACAUCGAGGUGUCCGUCUACGUCCUCUACGCAGACGGAGAGAUACUCAAAGACUGUAUCAGCCUGGGCAGUGGUGAAGCCCACAUCAGUGAACACCGCUCCUUCGUCCUCUACCACAACAACAGCCCCCGAUGGAGCGAGGUGGUUAAACUGCCCAUUCCCAUAGACCGCUUCAGAGGAUCACACCUGCGCUUCGAGUUCAGACACUGCUCUACCAAAGACAAGGGGGAGAAGAAGCUGUUUGGUUUUGCCUUCACACCACUGAUGAGAGAGGACGGGACGACGCUGUCAGACGAGAGUCACGAGCUCUUUGUGUACAAGGUGUUCAUCAUUAAUCUGCUGAGGGACAGCAAGUACUAUCACUUCUGCCCUGUUAUGGACACUUACAUCCAGAAGCACUUUGCUGGAGCGCUGGCUUACAAAGAGUUGAUCCGCUGUCUGAAGUGGUACAUGGACCAUUCUGCAGAGGUGGUGAAACAGAACCACAUCCAGGAGGCCAUGAGGGCUCUGGAGUACCUGUUGAAGUUCAUUAUCCAGUCUCGGAUCCUGUACUCCCGUGCUACCUGCGGUGUGGAGGAAGAACAGUUCAGAGCCAGCAUCCAAGAGCUCUUCCAGUCCAUCCGCUUUGUCCUCAGUCUGGACAGCCGUAGCUCCGAGACACUCGUUUUCACACAGGCGGCGCUCCUGAACUCGUUCCCGGCCAUCUUUGACGAACUGCUUCAGAUGUUUACAGUCCAGGAAGUGGCAGAGUUCGUACGGGGCACGCUGGGCAGUAUGCCAAGUACCGUACACAUGGGACAGUCCAUGGACGUGGUCAAACUGCAGUCCAUCGCUCGCACCGUCGACAGUCGCCUCUUCUCCUUCCCAGGAGGUUUUCGUCAUGACACCCCAGUGCAGGAGGAGGUAGAGAUGAUGGUGGAAUCUCUUCUGGAUGUGCUUCUCCAGACCCUGCUGUCCAUCAUGACCAAGUCUCAGUCCCAGGAGGCGGUAAGAGGCCAUCGCUGCCCACAGUGCACGGCUGAGAUCACUGGAGAGUAUGUGUCCUGCCUCCUAUCCCUGCUGCGUCAGAUGUCUGACAUCCACUUCAAACAUCUACUGGAAUACUUCCAGAGCAAAGAGGAAGUCAAGGAGUUCCUUCUGAAGAUAUUCUGUGUGUUUCGUAACCUGAUGAAGCUCAGUGUCUUUCCCCGGGACUGGAACGUGAUGAGGGCUCUGACCAGCAACACCAUAGUGACAACUGUCCAGUAUCUGUCCCCGGCGUUGCACGAGAACUUCACGCGAGGCCGACUUGAGUUCAAGGUGUGGAACUCUAUACUUCAGUCUGCAAGGCUUCUAACAUCGAGCCAGCCCAGCCAAGAGGAAGAAGUGUUGACAAGUAUUAAACGUUGCUGUGUAAUUUGUAAGUAUGGUGACAUGAGGGUGAUGAUGGCCUACGAGCUCUUCAGCAUGUGGCAGAACCUCGGUGAGAACAAGAUCCACUUCAUCCCAGGUAUGAUAGGUCCGUUCCUGGGUGUGACCCUGGUGCCUCAGGGGGAGGUCAGGAACAUCAUGAUCCCUAUCUUCCACGACAUGAUGGACUGGGAGCAGAGGAAGAACGGGAACUUCAAACAGGUGGAGGCAGAGCUGAUUGACAAGCUGGACAGUCUGGUGUCUGAGGGGAAAGGAGACGAGAACUACCGAGAACUUUCAGCCUGCUCAGCCAGCUCUAUAGAGAUGAGUGAAACGGCGAUCCACAAGCUGUGUGGCAUGCACCUUCAGGCUGACAACUACACAGAGGCUGCGUUCACCCUGCUGUUGUACUGGGAGCUACUGCAUUGGGAAGAGAGGCCUCUAAGGGAGUUCUUACACUACCCAGCCCAGAGCGAGUGGCAUCGCAAAGAAGGCCUCAGUCGCAAGGUCAUCCACUACUUCAACAAGGGAAAGUGCUGGGAAUACGGAGUACCAUUGUGCAGAGAGCUGGCGUUCCAGUAUGAGACAUUAUACGACUACCAAAGCCUCAGCUGGAUAAGGAAAAUGGAAGCUGCUUACUAUGACAGCAUCAUGGAGCAGCAGCGUCUAGAGCCAGAGUUCUUCAGGGUGGGAUUCUACGGACACAAGUUCCCCUUCUUCCUCAGAAACAAGGAGUUUGUCUGCCGCGGUCAUGACUACGAACGGCUUGAAGCCUUCCAGCAAAGGAUGCUGGGAGAAUUCCCACAAGCCAUUGCCAUGCAACACCCUAAUCAACCAGACGAGGCCAUCUUACAGUGUGAUGCCCAGUACCUGCAGAUCUAUGCGGUGACGCCGGUACCGGAGAAUGUCAAAAUUCUCCAAAUGGACCGCGUUCCAGACCGCAUCAAGAGCUUUUACCGUGUUAACAACGUGCGCCGCUUUCGAUACGACCGGCCCUUCCACAAAGGAACAAAAGACCGAGAGAACGAGUUCAAGAGCUUGUGGAUCGAGAGGACUACGCUGAUCCUCACACAUCCUCUUCCUGGCAUCUCCCGCUGGUUUGAGGUGGAGAAGAGAGAGCUGGUGGAGGUGAGUCCUCUGGAGAAUGCCACCUACGUGGUGGAGAAUAAGAACCAUGAGCUGCGGACCCUGAUCAGCCAGUACCAACACAAGCAGCUCCAUGGCAACAUCAACCUGCUGUCCAUGUGUCUCAACGGGGUCGUUGACGCUGCCGUCAACGGGGGCAUCGCCAGAUACCAGGAGCCUUCUUUGAUUAAGGAGUACAUCGAGCAGCCACCCAGAGAAGACACAGAGAAGAUCACUAGCCCUCAAAGACCAUCGUGCUAG